UUUUAUUAUAUUUGCCCUUUUACUCUGCUGCUCCUUGUACCUCAAAUCUCUAACUUUCUCUCUCUGUUUUGUGUAUCUAUCUCUCUAUCUCUCUUCGCCUCUUUCUUAGACCUAAAAUCAGCUUUCCCACAAUCGCCAUUAACAACUCUUUUCAGGUGGAAUUUGAGUGGUGUGAAGUGUGAAGAAUGGCGGGGAGUUCGAGUGAGGAGUCUGGGGUUGGUCGAUCGUUAGACGGGUUGUCGAAUGGGCAGCAGCGGUCCGGUGAGGCUUUGGCGGAGUGGCGGUCGUCUGAACAGGUGGAGAAUGGGAUUACGUCAACGUCGCCGCCGUAUUGGGAUACUGAGGAUGACGAUGAUGACUGCGGGCUAAAGCCUUCCGACUUAUACGGAAAGUAUACAUGGAAAAUAGACAAAUUCUCUCAGAUUAACAAGAGAGAGCUUCGUAGCAAUGCGUUUGAGGUUGGCGGCUACAAAUGGUACAUCCUGAUCUACCCUCAGGGGUGUGAUGUCUGCAAUCACCUGUCGUUAUUUCUCUGCGUUGCAAAUCACGACAAGCUUCUUCCAGGAUGGAGUCAUUUUGCUCAAUUCACAAUAGCUGUGGUGAAUAAAGACCCCAAGAAAUCAAAAUAUUCUGAUACGUUACAUCGCUUCUGGAAGAAAGAGCAUGACUGGGGAUGGAAAAAGUUCAUGGAAUUAUCCAAAGUGUUAGACGGGUUUAUCGAUGCCGACACGCUCAUAAUAAAAGCUCAAGUCCAAGUUAUCAGGGAGAGAGCGGAUCGUCCUUUUCGAUGCCUUGAUCGUCAUUAUAGGAGAGAACUUGUAAGGGUAUAUUUGUCAAAUGUGGAACAAAUAUGCCGCCGUUAUGUGGAAGAAAAGCGAGGAAGGCUCGGGAAGUUGAUAGAAGAUAAAGUUCGAUGGUCAAGCUUCUGUAAUUUCUGGUCGGGAAUUGAUCAAAAUUCAAGGCGCCGAAUGUCAAGGGAGAAAUGCGAUUCGAUAUUGAAAAUCGUCGUGAAGCACUUUUUUAUAGAAAAGGAAGUCACGUCAACUUUGGUAAUGGACUCGUUACACAGUGGAUUAAAGGCUCUUGAAGAUCAGACCAGAAAUAAUAAAAUAAAAGGAAAAUGUGACGCAGAAGAAAUGCCGAUAACGCCCGUUGUCCAGAUGGAAAGUGACACAUUUAUUCUGGUUGAUGAUGUUUUGCUAUUGCUUGAGAGGGCUGCCGUUGAACCUUUGCCCCCGAAAGACGAAAAAGGUCCUCAAAACCGUACCAAGGAUGGUGGAUCGGGGGAUGAUUUUAGUAAGGAUUCUAUUGAACGUGACGAAAGGCGUCUCACCGAGUUGGGACGUAGGACCAUUGAAAUCUUUGUUCUAGCCCACAUCUUCAGCAGUAAAAUAGAAGUAGCUUACCAAGAAGCUAUUUCGUUAAAGAGGCAAGAAGAACUCAUUCGCGAAGAAGAGGAAGCGUGGAUGGCUGAAAGUGAACAAAAAGCAAAACGCGCGUCUGACAGAGAAAAGAAAUCAAAGAAAAAACAGGCGAAACAGAAAAGAAACAACCGGAAAUCAAAGGAUAAAGGACGGGAUGAAAAACCAAGUGUCGUAAUAGAACAAACCCUUCAAAAGCAAAGCCCGAUUGAGGAUGAUGCGCAUUCGUUAAAAAAGCCCGACCCACUUGAGGACGGUUCUGAUGUUUCCGAUUCAGUGGAUUGCGCAACGGAAUCACUUCUUCGUCCAGAUUCAGAUGAUAGAGAUUCAAGCCCGGUCAACUGGGAUACCGAUACUUCCGAACAUCUUCAUCCAUCCACAGAAACCUGUAGCAGCGGUGUUCUUGGUGAACAAAAUGGCGCGAUAAAAUGUGUCUCAGUAAUGGAUGACAGCUCAUCAACGUGUUCAACCGAUUCAAUCCCGUCAGGUGUGAUUAACGGGCCGCAAAUGAAUCAGAAAACGCAAAGUUCACCUAGCAGAGGGAAAGUCAAACGCGGAAAGGAUACCGGUCAACAGCAUGUGGAGUGCGAUGGGGUUGCAGUCUCAUUGCAGGAUAACAUGAAGUGGCUUGAACAAGACGUCGUCAAGAAAGUGGAAGAAGUUGUCCAACUGCAAAAGAAGCUAAGCAUCAAGGAUGAUAUCGAACCCGAGAGACAUUCAAAAGAUAAAGUAACCGUUUCCGUUACAUCUUCUUCACCCAAAAGCCCGUCAAAAGCGUCCCCACGCACCGUUAAAACACCGGACUUGAAAACGACCGCCCAAAACAUCGAUAAACCAGUGGGCCCACAAAGCUCAACCGGGACCCAAAAACCACCUGAAAAGCCUUCAACGGUCAACCAAGCAGCUAACCCGGCUCAGAAACAAGUGUUGACUAGUUCAUUGACUAAGCCGGUGCCACCGAUGUCUAGGCCAUUGAGUGCACCGUUAGUUGAAGGGUCCAGAUCGAAUGCCGCAAGUACGACCCCGGUUAUCUCAACGGUUCAAUCCGGCCCGUUAUUGUUUCGUUCCGCGAGUGCGGCUGGGUAUCUCGGCCCUGACCCGUCGCCCAUGGGUCAAAGUUACGGUCCACCGUCGUACCGUAACGCUAUGAUGGGGAGUCCUGUUUCCGCAACUUCAUCUUCUUUUAGUCAAACCCAUUCUCACUCGUACACUCAGCCUGUGUUUCUACCUCAGACCCCUGAACGGAUCGAGUCGACCGGUUCCGUAAGACCAAGUUUCUCAUUCGGUAUGAUGAAUCACGAUCUUGUACUGAACGGGCCCCAGUGGAUGGAUUCCGUAUCACAACCACAAGGCAUGUUAGCGGAUGAAUUCCCGCACCUUGAUAUCAUCAACGAUUUACUCGACGACGAGUACGCAAUGCCGAUUGCAUCAACUAUGGGCCCAGGCCUGCCAUUUCACAACGGUCAUAACGGGCCUCGCCAUCUUAGUCACCUGUUCACUUUCCCUGGGGAUAUGAACGGUUCACUUGACCAGGUUGGUCCGUCAACAAGUUCUUGUAGGUUUGACCGAAGUCGUAGUUUCCAUGAAGAGUUGCAACACAGUUAUAAUGGCGGGUUUGACUUUCCAAGGGACAUGAUUUCACCGCAACCGAACUUGCAACCUUACGUGAACGGGCAGAUUGAUGGUUUGGUUCCGAACCGAUGGCAGAUUGGCGGGUCGGAUCUUUCUUACGACUUGAGAAAUAUGGAUGGUGACGGGUACGCCGCGUAUCACAUGGCGCCUGAUUACUCGAAUCUGCCGAUGGGUGUCAAUGGUUAUACGUUAUACCGACCGUCAAAUGGGCAGUGAGUAGGCUGCAAACGAAAUUAGUAUAAUGUAUGAAAGAAGGGAAUGAUGAUAAGAAAACUUUUUUAUUUUGAAAGAAAUGUUUUUUUUUUUUUCGAUAUUUUUUUCUGUUUGUUCGUGAAUUGAGAUUUGAAAUCUAACUUUGUUAGCAAUGUUUACUAGAUUCCGGUUUUCAUAUUGGCAA